GCUCUUGCUCCCGAGCUCCUGGGCGGGGCCCCGCGCUCCUGCCCGCGGUCCGGAUGGGUCUCCUGGCUGGGAUUCGGGCCACUUGGAGUUAAUGUCCAACUGGGGGUCUACGGAGACCGGAUCCGAGGUGCCGCCGCUGGACGGGAUUCUAAGAUGAAGUUAUGGGAUGUCGUGGCUGUCUGCCUGGUGUUGCUCCACACCGCGUCCGCCUUCCCGCUGCCCGCCGGUAAGAGGCUUCCCGAGGCGCCCACCGAAGACCGCUCCCUUGGCCACCGCCGCGCGCCCUUCGCUGCGCUGACCAGUGACUCCAAUAUGCCUGGAGAUUAUCCUGACCAGUUUGAUGAUGUCAUGGAUUUUAUUCAAGCCACCAUUAAAAGACUGAAGAGGUCACCAGAUAAGCAAGUGGCAGCCCUGCCUCGAAGGGAGAGGAAUCGGCAGGCCGCAGCUGCCAGCCCAGAGAGUUCCAGAGGGAAGGGUCGCAGAGGCCAGAGGGGCAAAAAUCGGGGGUGUGUCUUAACUGCAAUACACUUAAAUGUCACUGACUUAGGUUUAGGCUACGAAACCAAGGAGGAACUGAUCUUCCGGUACUGCAGCGGCUCCUGUGACGCGGCCGAGACAAUGUAUGACAAAAUAAUAAAAAACUUAUCUCGAAGUAGAAGACUAGUGAGUGACAAAGUAGGCCAGGCCUGUUGCCGACCGGUCGCGUUCGACGACGACUUGUCGUUUUUAGACGAUAACCUGGUUUACCAUAUUCUAAGAAAGCAUUCCGCUAAACGGUGUGGCUGCAUCUGACUCCGGCUCCAGAGACUGCUGUGUAUUGCAUUCCUGCUACAAGUGCGCAGAAAGGGACCAAGGUUCCCAGGAAAUGUUUGCCCAGAACGGAAGAUGAGGACCAAGGAAGCGGAGGCGGAGGCGGAGGCGGAGGAAGAAGAGGGAGAGGAGGAAGCGACGGAUGAAGGCAUCCAUCGUGGGAGCCUGGUAGAAGAAGGCCCAGCUACAGAAAACUGGAUAGGAGUGAGAACAGCCGUCUGAGCACUCCAGGAUGGCAGGUGAUGUCACCAGAAGCUCAGGGCUGGUGUCCCUGCUUAGCUGUUGCCAGCGUUUCUGAUACAGUCCAUGGUCACCGAUCGCGGUCCCAGUCGCGGAUGCAUGCAAAGAACCAAGCCAGCCAGCAUAUCUCCUGUGGUUCGUUAUCACGUGUCUGAAGACACCGGGGGAAAUGUGAUGAUUCUGGUGUCACCUCUUGUCACUACGUUUUACUGAUGAAAAUAAGAAAGCUGUAUUUUCCUGUCACUCAACGGAUUCACACCCUGGAAAGGAGAGGGGAAGGGGGACGGAAGUAGAGGCACAGAGAGAUCAUACCCUUUGAAAACUGAGGCCUGAGGUUUACUACAUCCAGCGUUGGGGUGGGGGGGGGAGGGAUGCUUGGUGGUUGAUUUUGAACACAGUGUAUGGAGGAAGGGAGAAGUUGGGCUAGGAACCCAAAAGGUUGUCCUCCGGCUUAAAAACAAAACAGAAGGCAUUUCCUUGAUGUCCUCGGAAACAGGAAGCAAGUUGUGGUUUAUGCAGCAUUCUCCUAGGAGAGCUGGUAGGGAAGGCCCCCGGCUGCCCCCAGCCAGGGAGACCUCGGGGCCUGUCGGUUUACAGGAACUGACGUUACAUACACAGCUCUGUUUAUGCAUGGUCACCAGUGACCAGAGAAGCUACUCGAUGCAAUGCAUCUGUUUCAAAUACAGAGAUAUAGAGAAGAUAUUUAUUGAGAUUUAAGUUAUUGUUAUUUAUUACCAUUCACUAAUGAAUUUCUCUCUUCUUCCCUUAUUUAUUAAAGUCUCUUUUCAAAGGUGCCAAAGUAUAUGUGCUCACAAAAUAUAAAAAAAAAAAAGUGACAAAAGGAAAUACUAAUUGGGAACAAGGGUCCAUGCUCUUCAAAGUAUUAAAAGGGUUUUCGCUAGGCAAAAAUCACUUACUUUACCUUUAUAAGACAGUAGUCCUUCACUCACUGCCCCAGAUUUCCCCCCCUCUUUUUGUGGACGGGGUCUCCUGUGGCCUAGGCUGACCUUGAACUUACUGCCUGGUCAAGGAUGAGCUUGGCUUUCUGAUCCUCUGACUUCCUGUGGUGUUGGAAUCUCAGACACCACCACCAUAGCUCCAUAGCGAGGGAUGGAAUUCAGGGCCUCAUCCGUGCUAGGCGACUCCACCCGCCACCACACCCCAGGCCCCUGCUGCUUUUUAUCUGUUAAAGGAGCAUCUCAGCCCUGCCCCCCUCACUGGCAGUCCCAGUGCUGAUGCCACCCGGCUCCAUCUCAUCCUUGCUCCGCCCACUGAGCAGAGAGGCCCGGAGCUCCACUGUCUCUUGUGUCAAGCUCUACUUCCGGUCCACAUGUGUGACGUCAUAACCACAUGUACAGAAGGCUGAAUUCCCCUUGGUAGUCCUGGACUUCCUGUCACCCAAAGGUGAAGCGAAGGACCUGCCAGGUAGCCAAGGUUUAUCCCUGCCUGGUUUAACCUCUGCCUCCUCCGUUCUUGCCCGCCUGCCUACCUCCUCCCUUGGGGACACACAGGCAGGAGCACAUGGGGAAUCUUGGCGGGAGAAGCCAUCUGCCUUGUCUCUGGCUGGGGCUCAGUUUGUCACCUGGGUUCAACAUUAGGGAUCCCUUCUAGUCCAAUGGGUUAUAGAAGAAAGACUGACAGGAAAGAUUGUGGCAUCUCACUGGCCACAGGACAUAUGAGUCCCAUCUUCAUGGGGUAGAGGGGAGAGGAAGUAGAUGGUGGGCAUGGCACCUCUAACUGUCCCUACAGUGUACCCAUCUAGCAGCUGGCAUACAAGUCAUGCCUUGAGUCCUAUGUUAGAGCUUGUUACACAUUUCAUAAAUGGAAUUUCUAUGCAGAAAUUAAUUUAUCACUUCCUUCGUGGCUGCUAUCCCCCAACAUAGGACCAAUUGGCCUUUCUCGAAUAAUCAUGUCAAAACUUCAAAGUAACCAAAAGGUAAAAGUUGCUGGACAUCCCCCCCCCCACUCCCAUGGCCCUAAAGACCCAAGUUAUGUAUGGUUCCACGCCCUCUGCAGGACUAGGAAAUGGAGGCAAGGGCCGCUUUCUCACCCUCUCCUGCUCAAAAUGGCGAUGCCCUCAGCUGCCUGGCACGAUUCAGCAGUAGUUCAGGAUCCCCUGUUCAAUCCAGAGAAUCCUGGCAGAUGGGGUAGCUGACGUUCCCAGGUCCAGACCCAGCUACCGGCUCUCGGGGAGUCCCCUGCUCAGCAUUGUCUACACACCGCAAGCAGGUUCUAAUGGGAGCAAGCUGCCCCACCAAGUCCACAGAAGGGUAAAGUUUGUGAUUUUUUUUUUCUCUUUAAUGUUGUCAACACCAUCUGACACAGGAAGGAGCACGCUUCUUUGGAAGUUCUGAUCUCCCUGAUCUGUCUUGGUCGUUUGUGUUAUACAACCAAAGUUCUCUACAGACUUUAUUUUUGUACAAUAUCAUUUUGUAACUUUUUACAAAUAAAAGCUCAUUUUUAUUGCUUUCUGU